AGUUUUGUGUGCUUGAUUUGAUGAGGACCAGUGAUUGGCGAUGGCCACUAAUUAUAUGCAUAGUACUAUAAAUGUCUCAACAGUUUUCUGGCAUCAAUGCUAAAACAUUGCCCUGGCUAUCAUACAUAAGCAUUGUGUCUGUCAUCAUCUACACCUGUCUCUUUGCUACUGGACCAGGACCAAUACCUUGGUUCAUGGUGACUGAGAUGUUUGCGCAGGGUCAUAGGUCAGCCGCAGUCAGUGUUUCCGUAGUGAUCAACUGGCUGUGCAACUUUGCUGUUGGCUUAGUGUUUCCCAAUUUACAGAAGUCCUUUCUGCCUUUCUCCGUCAUGCUGUUGUUGUUCUUCAUCUUCACCUAUAUGUUUGUCCCAGAGACCAAAGGCAAAAGUAUUUCUGAGAUUAGCCAGCUGUUUAAAUCUCCCACUAUGGAUAGAUCAGAAUCCAGAAAUUCCUACAAAAGCUCAAAGAACAGAUACAGCACCCAAGUCUUGAUAAUUGAUCCACCUCUCUCAGAAAAAGGGACGGCAUAUUAUAUCGAGUCCAGCUACUUAUAGAAUUUAGGUGGCUGAACAAUUUUGGCUGCUGUUUUAUUUUUUGAAAUGUUAGUCUUUUGAUUUAGUUUCAUGUUGUUGGAUAAAUUUGUUAUUUAUAACAUUUUAUUAUAAUAUAUACAGGGCUUUCAUUAUUAUAUCAAUGCUAAUACAAUUAAUCAGUUUUAAAAAAUAUAUUCAUCAUUUUAAAUGACUUGUUAUAUUGUUCUAAAUAUGUAUGAUCAUGUAUCAACAUACCUCAAUAGAAUUGUGAUAACACACCACAACAGUUGUUUAUGAGAUACCAUUUAAUACAUUUACUUAAAGGAGGCCAGAGACUUUCUUCCAAUAAAGUGAUUUAAAACUAUGUACCCCCAUCAGUAUUUUAUAUUAUAUUUAUAAAACUAUUUAAAGCAGCUUUAUUCUGGCUGAUAAUGUCUGUGCUGAAUGUGACAAAUCUGGAUGUGGCAAUAUAUGUAAGUUGAGCUGGGGCUAGGUAGCCAAGGGAAACACUGCUUUCAUUAAAUCUUCAGACUUGAAGACAAGCCUUAUUAUUAUUAAUCUGGUCAGUGAUUUCAGUGCAAUAUGAAC